UAUAAAAGUGGUGACAAACAACUCUUGUCACUCUUCGGGGAUUCACUUUUACAAAGUGCUGCAACUGAAACUGGGAAGAGAUGGCACCUACCAAAAAGGGUAUCCUCGAGCGUCUCAACGCAGGGGAGGUUGUGAUCGGUGAUGGAGGCUUCGUGUUUGCCCUGGAGAAGAGGGGCUACGUGAAGGCCGGGCCCUGGACCCCCGAGUCAACCGUCACCCAUCCCGAGGCCGUGCGACAGCUGCACAGGGAGUUCCUGAGGUCAGGAUCUAACGUCAUGCAGACGUUUACCUUCUACGCCAGCGAUGACAAACUGGAGAACAGGGGUCAGUCACUGAAAAUCACAGGAGCAAAAAUUAAUGAAGCCGCCUGUGACCUGGCCAGGGAAGUAGCCAACGAAGGAGAUGCCCUCGUCGCUGGAGGAGUGUCCCAGACCCCGUCCUACCUGAGCUGCAAGAGCGAGGCGGACGUGAAGGCCAUCUUUAAGAAACAGCUGGAAGUGUUUGUGAAGAAGAAUGUGGACUUCAUGAUUGCUGAGUACUACGAGCACGUCGAGGAGGCGGAGUGGGCCGUGCAGGUGCUGAAGACCAGCGGGAAGCCCGUGGCUGCUUGCAUGUGCAUCGGACCAGAGGGAGACAUGCACGGCGUCUCACCUGGGGAUUGUGCCGUCAGGCUGGUGAAGGCUGGUGCCCAGAUUGUGGGAGUCAACUGCCACUUUGACCCCCUGACCUGCGUGAAGACUGUGGAGAUGAUGAAGCAGGGAGUGGAGAGAGCCGGGCUGAAGGCUCACUACAUGGUGCAGCCGCUGGCAUACCACACCCCCGACUGCAACCGUCAGGGAUUCAUCGAUCUGCCAGAAUUCCCAUUUGGCCUGGAGCCCAGGAUCAUGACCCGCUGGGACAUGCACAAGUAUGCCAGAGAGGCCUACAAGGCCGGCAUCCGAUUCAUCGGCGGCUGCUGUGGUUUUGAGCCGUAUCACAUCAGAGCUGUGGCAGAGGAGCUCAGUGUUGAGAGAGGAAUGAAGCCCCCUGCAUCAGAGAAACAUGGAAUGUGGGGCUCGGGUCUGGAGAUGCACACCAAACCUUGGGUCAGAGCCAGGGCACGCCGCGAGUACUGGGAGAACCUUGCGCCUGCAUCUGGUCGUCCCACUUGUCCGUCCUUGUCCACACCAGAAGGCUGGGGAGUGACGAAGGGCGAUGCUGACCUGAUGCAGCACAAAGAGGCCACCACCACCCAGGAAAUGAGGCGUGUGAUGGAACUGCAGAAGGCCAAGACCUCUGCAUGAGCAGGGUGGAAUGAGAAAACCCAUGCAGUCAGUCAACAAGAGGGGGUCAAGGAGAAACGACAGAACGCCUUCCCAGUUCAGGCACUUUUAACAACUGCAGUCCACUUGUAAAGUGUUAUAAUCCCCCCAAAAAAUAAAACUGAGUUUGUUACUUAA